AUGGAGAAUCACAAAGCUAAACUUCUUCAUAUAUUAGAGGAUGUACUGGUAAAAAUCUUUAUCGCGUCUAAGUGAAUUUUACCCCUUUCGCGAUACACAGUUAGAUCUGUAUUCAUCCAAGAUAGCUCAGACGCUACUUGAUUACUUCCGCACGAACGAAAGCGGUCAAAUUUCCGCACAGUCCUAUACUAUUGUGAAACAGAUCUGCUUUCCCAAAGGCAAUCUAUUGUUUUUGUCAUCGUUUUCUCUAUCCAAUAACUGAAUGCAUGAUGUAGUAUGGGGCUGUGCGGAAAUUUUACUUUUAUAUUUUAGAAAGUGAAAAUAUUUUUUUUAAUGGAAAUUCCUGAUCUAAAUUUCAAAUUGGGGCUAAAACAGUGAAGGAAUAAAAAAUGAAGGAAUCAAAAACCGAAACGUAGUACAGUUUGCUGGCCGAACUUUAGUAACGUUAAAGUGUUCAAAGGAUGUGAAAUCUAGAGCAUACACUUUCACUUUAGGGUACUUCUCAAACAAAAACAGCUGUGAACUACAGUUGUGUGUGUUUAUGUAGAUCCAAUUUGCACAGCUGAAUGUCAAUAACCCUUUAAUUCUCAAGAUCUGAUUGACAAUUCUCCCUACACAUUUUUUGGUGAAUUAGUUAUGAGAAUUUGGUGUUAUAUCAGGAUGACUUCAACCUGAUAAGUUUGGCUGAGUGGUUUGGGCACAGGACUUGUAAUCUGGUGGUCCUAGGUUCAAGUCCUUCUCCCUACCACCCACUGAAUUUGUUCUUGGUUGCCCUGAGUUCAACUUCUUGGCUGCGCUGUGUAAAUAGCCAACUAGUCUGCCUCCUACCAGUUGGAAUUUUCAAGCACUUUAUGUUUAUUUGGAAUUUUUGUUUCUCUCUUUGCACAUUUGAACAUAAGUCAAUGAAUGUAUGUGUGUUAGGUAACCGGUCAUUUUGCCAAUGGUAGUUUUGCAAAUGUCUCUGGUCAGUUUGCAAACGUGUAGAAGUCAGUCCACAAAUGUUAUAAACAUUUACAUGUCAACCUGGGUUUAAUUAUACGAUUCAGAAUACUACAUCACUGACACAUUGUGUGUGUAAAUUAUUGGAUGUGAAAUCUCACAGCUUAUUUCUUGCUAAAGUAUAUUUCAUAAUCAAAUGGACAGUUUUUAUCCCGUGUCUCAGUAGUUGUGGACCUUCCUUUAAAGAGCAAAGCUUCCUGCUAGAACACAACAACAGCAAGACCUGUUUCAUAUUGGUAGAUUGAUUUGCAGAUUACAGCUACUGUACAUGCAACAUGCUAACGCUGUGAUAGAACGAAAUCAACUACAAGACUGUACAACUUAAGCUAGAAAGUUAGUUUGUUUGCUCUUGAAAAUGAUGACAUCUCAAAUCUACAAAGUGUGUGAACUGACUUCUUCACAUAUAUUAAAUGUUUAUAACGUUUGCAAACUGACUUCUAAACAUUUGUGAACUGACUUCUACACGUUUGCAAACUGACUAGAGGUCAAACAGAUACUCUGAAAGCAAGCAAGACUCAAAAAAUAUUCUUCAGCAUUUAAUGGUUGUCUUAUAAUUAUAAAGAUCAUAAUAAAAAUGUGAUUCUAAAAUUUUUAUUGCUAGUCAUUGUAGUUAUUUUUGUUUAAUUGUCAUUUACAUCUUUAGGGAAUUGAGGCAAUGGAAACUGCAUUUUGUGGGUAUGAAUUAUUUUAUUGUAGUAUAGACACAAAUGUAAAUAUUUGUAAUACGUUAUUCUCAGCUCUACUGACUUCUUGCAUGUAGAGAAUUGCUUUGAAUUUGUUUCAUUUUUUUUUCCCAAAGAAUGCUUGUCCACAAUGAAGAGGAUGAAGAUCGAGAUAUCAAGGAGACUUUCCAAGGUGUUUUCAAACCUUUCUGGGCUGGUGUUCCUGUGGUAAAUGAUUUACUCUUACAUAUCAAAUUACUGAGUGACAAUUUCUUCAUUAUAGUGAAAAAUGUCGAGUCUGUUCUCAAGCCUACUGCCUCUCCCUCCCUCAGCUGGAGCUUAUCCCAAUUUCCUUGUUUUAUGAAGUGACUAGUAGUAUUACUACUCCCCCUUGGGGAUGGGGUGCUAGUUCAUAACAAGGUUACCCCCCCCCCUUCCCUAGCAUUUAAUCAGGCUUUGCAGAAAAUUUGCCAGCACCCAUUUAAACUCCUGGGAGAGAGAGGCCUUGUGAGAGGAAAGUGUUUUGCCUAAGAACAUAGCACAAUGACCUGGCCAGUUCUCAAACUUGGACCUCUCGACGUGGAGUCCAUUACACUGACCAUUAGACCCUAUGUCUCACUACUGUUGUAAAGUAUUAACAUUUCAAAUGUUAAAUAUUAAAUGUAUGCAAAAGUAGAGCCCACAUUUCUUGGCAUGACCUUAUGACUCAGCCUUUAGUAAUUUUGAUUAAGUUAUUCCAGGUUACUUGACAUUUACACUUUUUUUGCUUCUUUUUCCAACUCUGUUUUUUUUUAUUCUAGGAUGCAAGGGAACAACUUCUCCUUGACUUUGUUUCAUUCAUCUACAAUGAAAACAACCCAAGAAGAAUUGACAUUGCUUUUGGUUUACUGGGAAGUUUAGUGGAAGGUUCACUAGUUCCUGCCAGGUAUCCAAACCAAAAUCAUUCUUUUCACAUUCUAAUGAGUAAGAAGCAGUUUCUCAACUGUUUAAGUUUUGUGUUGCUCAGCAUAACCAGUUAGAAAUGGUUUGGUUGUUGUAGAUGUGUUGAUCUUUAUACAGUGCUCUGCCCCAACUCUUUAACCUUUAACCUUUUAACUCCCAUGGAUGACAGAAUUUCUCUUUACAAUAUCAAUUGAUACAAUGUCAUAGCAGACAAUUGAAGAGAAUAAAGAAAGAUGUCAUUAGUUGAUCUAAUACCAAAUUCCCCAAACUAACAUCAUAAGAAUUGUGUCAUAGACAGUAAGGAGAAUUGCUAACAAGAUCUUGGGAGUGAAAGGGUUAGCUAUACAGAUCUGAUUUAUAACUAACCCCUCUAAACUCUUCACAUUUCCUUGAAAACCUGUUUUAUUGACUGUACCAAAUUAAUGCAUUUGAGUGAAUCUCCCAUCAAAUGUUUUACCUGCUAUUGCAUUUCCUCUCCCAGACAUAAUUCAGGGGUUUAUGUGAUUAUUUGCUGCAAGUCUCUGUUCUCUAAUAGUAGGUUCAAGCAAUCUCUGCAAACACAAGCUGAUAAUAGGCUCAGUGCAUAACAAUCCACAUGCAAAUGGUUUGGUUUGCUGGUGAAGUUAGUUUAUUUGGGUUAAUUUAUUAUUGUCAACUGAGUUGAUAGCAUAAAUUGGCCACCGUAAAGAGUUUAAAAGCUGACAUUUUGAGUAUUAGCCCUUUGUUAUUUGCUCUGAUGAAGGGCAAACACUUGAAAUGUCAGCUUUUGAAUUCUUUACGGUGGCCAAUUUAUGUUAUCAAUUCAGUUGGCAAUACUAAAUUACCCUGCUAUACUCUCCCACUGAUGCAGCACCACAGUUUCUUUAAAAACUUACCCCCUUUAUAAGUUGGUUUAUUUGCCUAGGAAAGAAUGAUUUACAAGACCUAAUCUCUGGGAAUGAGGGUAAAGGUAAUUUGGAGAUGGGCUCUUGAAAUUUGGUGAGCUGGGUGUUGGUAUUUGUACUGGGGGUAUUGAAUUUUUUUUCUUUUAUUUACACUUAUCACUAUUGAUCUGUAGGUCAAUGUGUGAAGCUAUCCUCAAGACACCUCACCUCAGUUUUCAGAAAGAAGUAAUGUGGUGUAAAACAUUCCAGCUUCUUUUGAAAAUUGUAGGAGGGGUCGAUUAUAAGGUGAGUAUAACUUGCUCACUAAGCUGGAUUUGAUUUUUCAAGAAUCACACAAUCAUUAAUGUAAGUUAAUUUUAGAUCAAUUUUAAAUCAUUCUUAAAUAAAAACAUGUUAAUGGCAUUAUUUCUGUCAUUUGUUGCAUGUUCUUAGAUGUUCAUACCUUUAUAUUCUUUAUGAAUUUUUUUCAUCAGUAUCAUAACUAUUGUGCAUGAUUAUAAGAUUGCUUUGACUUCCUUUUAUUCUGUGGGUCAUGAGUUUAUCAAAUAUUUUAUCAAAUCUGCCAUUUUCAUCACUGCACACAUUUAUGGAUAUAAGUGGGUAAUUACUAUCCAGAGUUACCCUCACUGAGUUAAGUCUAAGACUAAUACUAAGUGGUUUACUUUGGUUUUCAUGUUGAAGAGCUGUCGUGACAUUCUAAGUUUGGUGUUUCACCUAUUCCGUACCAUUCCAAGCACUGCUGAUCCUGCAUUUACAGACCGAAUACAAGCUUGUGUUAAGGUAUGUUCCUGUACAAUAUAAAGGCUCUAUGACCUCAAAGUAAACAUCAAAGUUAAGUAAGGCAAAGGUGAUUAAUGAAACUAAUUGUAUAACUUGUUCCACCCAAUAAAUGAUAAAUAUUUUAUUAAGUAGCUUUAAAAGCACUUUCUAGAGGUGAGUGAUGCACUCAACUUUUCUUGUUUAAAAUUUGCAGGUUGUCCGUUAUAUUUUAGAUAGGAAUACCUGUCUUCUGCCUGCCUAUUUUGUCAUUAAUGAGGUAAGAUACAUCUUUCCACGUAAGUAACAAGUUUAACUGCUGAAGUUAGUCUAAGGAAACUGGUCAGUUUGGCUAUUUUUCAGAUAUCCAAGGAUCCUUGUGGGGAUAUUUUUGGAUGUCACUUUCAGAAAACUUGGUUGUAGUUUUCAGAAAACUUCAGAUCAGAAUGACUUCAAAGUAUUGGGAUUUGUAUAUUUUUCUGUGCAAAAUAGCUUUUCAGUGAUCACAAGGAAAGAAGCUACAAAACAAACUAGGCUUACAUGAUUUUACUGUAAGCAUCAUUUUAAGCCACAACAUGUAAUUAUUGGAGUUAAACUUCCCCAUUUUCUUGUUUUAACCUCCUAACAAAGUAUAUCCCAACUGUCAAAAUAAUUUCUUGACAAUGACUUGUCAAUCCUCUCUCAAGCAGACCACCUCGGCCAGCUUGUCACCUUUGACCUCACUCCAAAUCAAAGGCUUGGCAACUAAGUACACAACUGUAAAAUGCAUGGCCUAUUGCCUUGCAUAUGGCUAGGAUUAGUAGUUAGAGAAGCACUGAGUCUGCGUGAUGUUUGCUGCAAAAACUGAGAUCUUACUGAAAGGAUAACCCUGCCCUCUUUAAUUUAAAAACAAAAUAAUUUUUUCUUUCUAGGAAAUAAGGCUAAUGGCUUAUGUAGUUCUAAUAAGGCUCUAGGACAGGUUGAUACUGACAACAAUGUGCAGUUAGAAGGGUGCCACAUGACCAUUGAUCUAACUCUAGUUAAAAGGAUUUUGAUGAUCUUCACACCAAUUGUGCUACAUGGUACACAUUUGGUAUCUAAACUAAGGUUUGUGUAAUGUAGGCAUUGAGUGAUUACAAUUGUAAUUAUUUAAUUAAAUGAUUUUUUAUUUACAUUUUUAGAUCUACAAAAAUUUUCCAGAGGGUAAAGUGAAGCCUCACUGGGUAUGUUUCCAACACUGAUUUAAGAGAAUUGAAUGUGACCGGUUCUGGUAUUGGUCUUGCACAAUUCCCCUCUCUACAUCCAAAAUUAAGGAAUGUAUGAAUAAAAAAUUAAUAAACAAAAUGAAGUUGUUGAGUUGAUGAUUGUAGAGAAACUCAGUUUCAUGGAUGCUAAGAAAACAGCAAAACAAAUUGAGAUUCAAAGCAAUUUUGAUAGAAGUUAUAUCAAAUAUUACAUCCAUUUUGAAAUCACUGGCAAUCCUUGCAGUCUGAUUGGCUUUUAUCAGAGUGAUUUAUUGACGAAUUGCACCAUUUUAUGCCUAAAUGGCAUCUUUUUCCAAGCUAAUGAGACAACUUCACAGAAACACAACUUCUAAUCAAAUUUCAAGGCUUGUUUAAAGGAACCAAUUAAAUUGCCAGAAAAUGAAAGACAACUUUUGCAAGUUUUUACAAACCAGCUCAAUACUGGAUCAAUAAAAUAUUUUUACAGACUGAAAAAAGUUGUAUUUGAGCAACUGAAUUAAUAUGCAAUUUCAAAAUAGAUGUUACAAUUGAAAGUGGUAAUUACUAACUUAAAACAGUUAAAAUGAGUGGAGUACAAUUUUGGUCUAAAAUCAUAAGUCUUGUGAUUUCAUAUCAAACUCAUGUUGUGCACUUGUUCAAUUUUAAAAUCAUGCAUAUGUAUUUAGACCAAAUUGCACUCCACUCACUUCAAUUACCAUCAUGAUAAUAAUUAUAAACGAUCAAGAAGGGAAAUUUUUGAUAGAGUUAAGCUUUUUUCGGCAGGCUAUUGCAAAGCUCCUUUCAGAUUUUGCUGAGACAUUCCGACCACUUGCACGGACAGUGUCUGUGAUAGGUAAGUGCUAGUGAAAGUCCUUCAAGCUAAUUCUGUAGACAUGUACAUGUAGUAACUCAAGAUCAAUAAUUAAUUGGACUAAGAUAAAUUUGUUCUCUAUACUGUGACUUCACUCUCAAUCUCUUUAACUCCCAAGAUCUCGUUUGUAAACUACAGAUCUCCUUACUACCUGGUAUACAAUUCUUUUGAUGCAAGUUUAAAGAAUUUAAUAUUGGAUCAACUAACAAUCCCCUGAUUGAUAUUUUCUCUAUUCUUAUUACUUGUCUGCUUGAGAUUGUAUUCAUUUGACAUUGUUAUGAGAAGUUCUUUCUUGGUCACUCGUGACACUUAAAAGGUUAACUGGUACAAAACUGAUGCUACAAGAAUGAAAGGAAAGGAAGGAAAGAAGAAUUAAUGCAGAUAAUUAUGUCUGCAGCUCUGUGCAGUAUGUCCAAUACGGCUGUAAGGAGAAUAACAUCUACAAAUCUACAUGAAGAAACUGAUCAUGACUAUUUCUUGUCAGUCUACAAAAAAAUUGAGUCUUGGUCCUAUCUAGUCUCAUCGUAUAUUCUCUGUGGGUGGCCGCACUUUGCUACAGCAAAUUUUUUUGUGAUAGGUGAUUUACAAUAUUGUCCAGAAACAAGCUGAAAAGCCUUUUCAAAAAACAAAGGCCCUAUUAAUUGUAGCUCAGUCAGUUAUUUGGUAAACAACAUAUCACAUGUCAAUGUGAAGUGAUCAUGAAAUAACAUUUGUUUUAAUUUUUUUUGAAGUAUUCAUUUGAUAAUUAUUGUAUGAUCUUGGUUUGUUUAUUUACUUAACACAGGCCGCCCAUCUCUUCUUCCUGUGAUUGGUCAUCCUGGUUCUUCUCUUAGUGUUUGGAAACUAGAUCCUAACACUCUCAGUUUUCCAUUAAAGGGACUUCUGCCAUAUGAAAAGGUACAUGAAGAAUGUCAGAUAAAAUUCUUGUCAGGAGAAAGUGCUGAUUAAGAUCACUGUACAUGUAUAUCACAUGUACGAUAAUCUAAACAAGUGUAGCUGAUCUACUGGGGUGCCAUAUGAAUUCCUAGUCAGGUUGAUGUUCCUUAAUUCAAAAUUCAAACAAAAAAGUUCUCAGCAAAUUUGAUAAUUGUGGGGCAUCUGCUUAUUGAAGGCAAGAAUAAUGAGUUUUAUUUCUAAAUGUUUCAAUUUACAUAAUAAACAAAGAUUUCUUUGUUGCCCUGUUUGGAUUUCUCUGUUGUGAUUGUGUGACCAAUAAAUUUGUUAAGAUUUUCUUUCUACUUCAAAUACUUCAAUUUUCAGGAUUUGUUGGAACCUCAGACAAAACUGUUGCAAUAUGUCAUAGCGCAGCCUUAUUCUCGUGAUGUCAUCUGUACCAUGCUAGGACUCAAUAAACAGGUCAGUUAUUUUAAAGAUUGUUUCUAAUUAACUGGAAUUAAGCUUUAAAUCUAAUAAGUCAUGUAUUACUAACAGAAUAAAGAGAUUAAGGCAGUGAAGAGAAGUUUUUUACCCUUUAACUCUCAAAAUCCACUAAGUUAUUCUCCCAACUGACUGCUAUACCCUUCUUUACAAAUUACUAGAGAGAAUUUUAGUGAUAUAUCAAGAUAACAUCAGUUUGCUGAUGACCAUGUCUGUUCUCAUAACCUGUUUUCAGCAUAACAUAUUGGAUUCACAAUGAGAAGUUGCAUAUUAAUCACUUGAAGAAGUUGAAGAAUUAAAGCAGUUUGUUUUGAGUUCAAUUUUUGAGAGGUAAUUUGGUCCUUUUCAGCAAAAACAAAGAUGUCCAGCAUUAGAAGAACUGUUGGUUGAUCUGAUAGUUGUAGCAAUGGAAAGAUCAGAGGAUGAUGAGGCCAGCAUGAGUGAAACAGGAUGUCAAUUGCUCUGGCAUCAUGUGUCAAGCCAUCUUAUUUUCUUUGUGCUCUUCCAGUUUGCCAGCUUCCCACACAUGGUAUUAUCACUCUACACCAAGGUACACUAUGCAAUGAGCUCAAGGUUCUCAUAGGAGGCCUGACGCAUGAACCAGGGAGUAAAAAUUUAGUAAAUGAUACAAAAAUGACACAGAGAUCUUUUUACUAAAUCAUGAAAAAAAAAAGCAAAUAACGUCUUAUUUUUAUCCUGUUUUUACAUGGGUGAACUUCCCCAAGGAAACAAGGGAAUGAUUGAAUGAAGUCAAAGUAAAAAGGAUGUCUGUUCCCCAUUUUUAAACUUCAAUUCUAGGAAAAUUUUAGCUUUUUUGAGUAUGGUUCUUUAACUGGUUUGCAAAAGUUACCAACUGAAUUACCAUGACAGACACAAGCAAGGUGCACAAAGAAUGAUUUGAGUCAUCUUUGGGAAGUGUUAAUGCAAAUCAUUCUUUUUCCUUACUUUUUCUCCUGGUCAAGGACUGAUCAGCAUUGAUCAUAUGUAACUAGUCAGAGUUUUAAAUAAACUUUGGACACACUCUUGGUCCAAGUAAAUGUAGUGAAAAGUGAAAUAAAGAGUUUGACCAGUGAAAGAUAAGAUUGUUAACCCUUUAACCCCCUUGAGAGACUCACAUCUAUCUUCUCAUCUAGGUAUUACUGCUGAAUCAGACAGUAGGCUCAUGAGAAUUGAGAAAAUGAUCACAAACAUGAAAAACUCUUGAUUUUUACCUUAAUUCUCCCUGUCAGUGCCAUAGGAAAUGUAUAAAGAACAGUAUGGAGAAUAUGUAUGCUGAUGUUAGGGUGUCAAGGGUUAAAGGAACAGUGAGAAUAUUCUGCCAGGAUCAAUACUGCUGAGAUAAUUUUUCCUGAAAUUGUAAUAGUCUUUAAAUCUUAAGCUAUCAAUUUUGCAUUAACAGCUAAGUGGUAGAAACCUGAAGAGAGGAAGGGACCACUUGAUGUGGGUUCUGUUACAGUUUAUCUCUGGAAGUAUUCAGAAAAAUCCUGUAAGUUUAUUGCUGAUGGAUUGUAAAUGCAUGUACUUACAACCUUCAAGAUAUUGUCUAGUCGCUGACAAUACUGACCUAUUUACCUACAGCUAUAUAUGCUGCAGUGUUGUAUCUUUAAAGAAUGCGUUCAUUAUGGUAACAGAUCAGCCUGACUGUAUGACUGUAUGUUAACUAUGAGUAUUAAUGUUGUGAAAUGAAUUUAAGGGAGGAGAAUAUUGAUUAAAGGGUGUUGUAAGUUGUAACUGGAAUAUUUAUAGACUUUACAUAGUUAUGCCUUUUGAUUAGAUACGUUCAAACAAUUAUGAAUUGAAAAUUUUGAUUCUAUUGUACAUUCAAAUCAAUAUCUAUUAUUUUUUUGGUCUGAUACUUGCAGCUCAGUGAUUUCCGGCCUGUGAUGAAGUUGUAUGAUUUACUUUACCCAGAAAAGCAGGUUGGUAAAAUACAAGACGUGCACUUAUGUAACAUUACCAAGAUCAUUCUCUUUAAUUUCGGGUCCCUUGAAAAUGACAGCUGUCAAGGUUCAGCUAAUUUCAAAAUCAUAAGUUGGCAACCUGAAAUCAUGGUUACCUGAUGUAAAAUUUCAGGAAGCAGCCCCAAAAAUCACCUUUUACUUCAGCUCAUAAGCACUAGUAAAUGAAAAUAUUACUGUUCCCCACAUGACUUCUGAACACGGGUUGCCAAAUCUGCGACUUUGGUGCAAAGUUAGUCACCAAAUUUUCUCUCUACUAACCAUGGCAACUAAAACAGGAAAGCUAAUUUUAAGCGCUUGUCAUAUUUUAUGAUGUUACAUUAAAUACUUGUCCUAAGUGGCAUUAUAGUCCUUGGUAGAUACUGAUACCACUACACCUUUCAUUUCUUUCUCUGAAAAUAAUGUUAUUCAAAUGUCCAGUUAAUUCCCAAGUGCAACGAAAUCUUUGCAUGAAAGGCUUCAGAGCAAUGCAUCUUAUAGACAACAAAAAAUUUAGUUUUAUGUGCCUGUAAAGCUAAGAUAGUUCGUCAUUAACUAAAAUGUCAGUAUAAGAUUCAUCUGUUUGUGAAGAUUGAAAGAUGUCGGUUUGAAGCUUAGGGUUACCUGUUUGGAUUUCAGUUUUUGAAGUUUGUGUUCCCCAGUGCAAAGAAAAUACAUAUGUAAUAUCAAGGGUGAAGUUGAAAAAAAAGGAAUGCAGGAAUGCACAACCAUAAAUUAAGGUAGUAAGCAAAUACACCAGCCAAAAAUUGGAUGAUUUCUGCUCAAUUUGAGUAAAGUUUGUAUUUAAGUCUGUGUGGAGAAAACUUACUUCAGAAUAGUUCUGGUAAGUUAGAGGUUUAAUCUUUAAUUAAAUAUCUUCUUUUUGCAUACCUAAAUUAUUAAUGUGACACUCUUUUUUCAGCCACUGUCAAUACCAGAUAUAACUUCUGCUGAUUCAGUACACUCCUUAGCUAUGGCCUGUAUAUGGAUUCACUUAUCAAAGAAGGUUUUUAUUAGCAUUAAUUUAAAUGAUACGAUGUUCAAGAAAAAUAUUAUACAUACAAUGUUAAGACAUCAGAAGUUCCAAGAGGGUGGAAAAAUCACCUUCAGUUUAACUAUGUGCUUUUCUGGAAACAGCAAACUGUCAUGUGAUGUUAACCCUUUUACACCAAUGAGUGACCAAGAUAGAAUUUCUCCUUACAGUAUCAAUACAAUAUUAAGCAGAUAAGAGAUGAAAACUAAGAAAAAUAUCAGUCAGGGGAUUGUUAAUUAGUUGAUCCAAUACCAAAUUCUCUGAACUAGCAUCAUGAGCAUUGUAUAACAGACAGUAAGGUGAAUUGCCAGCAAGAUCCUGAAGGUGGAAGAAUUAUAUUGAGUUUGAGUUUGUAUCAGUCUUCCUGAUAACCGUGAAAUUGGAAAAGUCUGGUCUUUCAGCUUAUUUCUUGUCACUCAUUCCAAGCUGUCAAAGGAAUGUCCAUAGGACCAUUUCCCUGGAGUAUUGAGUUCAAGUCACUUGUUUUUUAUUGGUAAAGAUGUGAUGAUUUCCUUUGUUUUUAGGCCCAAUCUGAGGAUGUAACUUGGAGACCACCUGUUCCUCACAUCCUUAAGGACCAAAUUGAGUAAGUGGUCCUGAAUCUUUAUUUUAUAAUAGUGGACAAAAUUAUUGAAACCUGUGUUAGCUUAGUUAAUGUAUCACAAAAAUUACUAUAGAGUUCCAAAGUGUCUUGAUUUAGGAGGGGAGGUGGCCGAGUGGGUAACUUGCUGGAUGGGUCACUGUACUGAUUUCCUCUAUCAGUUCCUCUUAACUCUUUAACUGCCAAGAUCUGAAUGUUAAUUCUUCCCUCUGGUUGUUUCACAUUUCCUUAUAAAGUAGUGACAAAAAUUUGGUGUUAGAUUAUAACAUAUAUUAGAUGACAAGUCCUACCUGAUAAGUUUGAAUGUUCUCAGUACCUGUUUGCUGGAUAAUGUAUGGAUGUUAUGGGGAGAUGUUACUUGAGAAUUACUUCUGAGAGUUUAAGGGUUAAGGAAACCUGAUGAUGGAGAUUAAUGACAGAAGAUAAGCAUUUUACUGGGAGAGUUUAGCUGCUGUAUCACUCCUAGUUACUGCAUGCUAUAGAAACUGGUAGUAGCUGUGGUGGAUGAGUGACUGGUCUACUAAUUUCAUAUCCAGACACCACUGUCACCACAUGUUUUCUUAAACAAUUGAAAGUAACAGUUGAAAGUUGUACAAUUUAAAAAAGAUACAAUUUAUACAGGUAUUCCCAUAAGAGCAACAGACAGAACAACUGUAAUUUUGCUUUCUUCUUUUAGAUUCAUACAGAACAGAUCAGGGGCAGCCAGUUCAUUUUCCUUGAAUAAUUACAAGAUUCCUCUUCUGUGCAAUGCAUGUAAGUGUAUGAGCAGCUAUUAAGUGACAAAAAUGCACAUAGUUAGCCAAAUAGUCACUUAGAAAAUAUUUUAGUCAAAGCAAGAAUGAGGGAAAGUUUUAAAGAUAAUUGACAAAUACACAUGUCUAAGCUCAUGCCAAAAUAAUAUUUUUAAACUUUUGCUAUCAAUAGUUUUUGGCCAUGUUCACAACAUGACCAAAAACAAGACCUGUGACCUGUCUGUCACCAUUGUUGCUCUGAUGUGUGGUUGAGGUGGCAGGUGCCUUUCUAAAAUAGGAACACAGUUUUUGUUUUAGACUUAAUAGAAAAGUGCUCAGAGUAUUACCCAUGAAACUACUGAUAACAAUUCAUGAAACAACAGAUUUAUCAACUGGAGGAGAGGAAGGGUCAUGUUACUUCAGAGAUGGAAAUAUUUUUCUGACAUUUUCAUUGUUCAAAUACAUGUAUGCUGGUAGAUUUAUUGUUACCUCUUGCACAUCAUAUGAUAAAUUGUCCAACUUCAAGUUAAGAGUGGGUGAUAAAUUCUGUUUUCCACUUUUUACAAAUUUUUAUAAUUCAAGUAAAGAAUUAGAAAGUGUUCUCUUCACUUCUGGCGUUCAAAGUGUCUAAAAGAUCAUUUACCUUUGACUCCUGUAGCAGCAGAGAGUACCUUCAUUACAGACUAGGAAACACUAGACAGAAUACCGAAACAAGUUUCCCCAAAUAGACUUCUCUUUUUACUGUUUUCCAACAGACAGUACCAACCCAGAGUAUUUCAGUAUUCCAAUGGCUAUGUUGGUUGAGAUGUGUUAUGGAAACAACAAAAGUUCCACACAGCUUCCAGGCCCUUCAAACACACUGGCUGCAGCACCAACGGUUCCUUGUCCAAUGAGUCUUUUGGAUUCACUCACAGUCCAUGCAAAAAUGAGGUAAAGAGCUCCAAAUAUCUAAUUGUAGGCUAAUGCAAUUAUAGCUUGAGUCAGGUUCAAGGUUCAAGCAAUGAUUGUGUGUGGUCAUUGCAUACCCUUCCUCAUUUUUUUUAUAUUAUUAUCAUGGGCACGCAACUGCUUCAGCUCUGUCGUUGCUUAGAAUUCUCCGCUACUGUACUCGUUUAUUCUCUAAUCUAGUUCACCAUAUUUAUUUAUACAUAAGUAAGUUACAAUACAGGGCUGAAUUGUUAAAAGGUUGGAUAAAGCCAACCAACGGAUAAAUUGCUAUCCAGUAUAAUAUUACUUUCUUUUAAUAGGAAUUAUUGUAUUAGGCCCUGAAACUCGAAUGUUUCUGCCAUGUAGUCUGUCUUCCCUUUCUUUAAGCCAUUAACAAACGUUUGAGUUCUGAUUUUUAUGCUCAAAGAUUCAUUCUUAGCAAAGGCUUCAAUCAAAAAGUUGUUGGAUUUCAAUGGUUUUCUUCGCCAUACUUUAUGAUUUUCCUAGAAAACAGAUUCUGAAUGGACAUCAGUACACCCACAACCCUAAAACCAUCUAAGAACAUUUUUCCAUUCAGUUUUAUUCACAGUAUUGUUAAUCGUAUCAUCAAGCUUGGUAACUCACAAGUUACACUUGCCCUGGCCCCAGCACUGGUGGAAACGUACAGCCGUCUGCUUGUCUACAUGGAAAUUGAGUCUCUCGGAAUCAAGGGCUUCAUAAGUUAGUGCACUAGUUACUCUUGUACUUUAUUCACACCAGCAAAACGUGUUUAGUUAAACCGGUUUUAGCUGAUUGAAAAUCAGAAACGGAGAACUGGAAAACUGAAUUUUCCAUACGUUCCAAGUAGUCACGAAAUUGUAUUUUAAAUGUGCUAGAUUUAAAGUCUACAAACAUCGUUUUAAGCAGCUUCUAUGAAGAAAACAAUUUUCAACCUUGUCUAACAAAGGUGCUUUAAAGCAUGUUUAAGCUUUUGUGUGAAUGGGUAAUUGGUCUAUUUACAUUGUGCUUGGCUGUGAAUGGUCCAUCAUUUUUCUAAGGCUGAAAAGAUUGCAAUAGGUAGCAUCCGAGCACUGAUACCAAGGGUAAAAAUUGAAGAGAAGUUGUUAUUGUUUCCAGUAUAGUGUUAUUAUGUAAAAACAUUGAGAGAAAUGCGAAACUACGGAAAUCAAACUGUACUCUAUCAGAGCUUUAAUAAGCAGCUGCCGAUGGUGUGCCCCGGAGAUGGGGCCGUUGAAGAAACGCAAACACAGAGCGUGCUCGUAGGCUCAACAGUCAACAGUCUUUUAGUUGGCGAUAGAGCGUUGGUUUUGAUUUGAUUUGAAAUUAUUUUAUUAUGGGGUUAAAAAGUCAGUUUGAGAAGAAAAUGAAUAUGUGAAAAUUUACUAUGGAAGUGUCUUUUUUUUUCUGACCACCAACAGGCUCGUUGCUUCCCAACGUGUUCAAAAGCCACGCAUGGGGAAUUCUCCACACAUUACUGGAAAUGUUUAGUUACCGGUUGCAUCACAUCCAGCCCCACUACAGAGUUACUUUGCUUUCCCAUCUACACUCACUGGCUGUAGUGCCUCACACGAACCAGAAUCAACUUCAUUUGUGGUAAUUCUGCUUCAACCGAUAUUGUUUUACUUUUCUUUUUCGCGUUUGUGGGAGGCACUUGGCCAAAUGGUUAGUACGCCGAACUCUGGCUCGAGAGGUCUGGGUUCGAGGCCUGUGGGUCAACGUGUUGUGUUCUUGGACAAAAAAACUUCUCUCUCGCAGUGCUUCUCUCCAUCAGAGAGUAUAAAUUGGUACUAGCGAAUUGUCAGGGAAGCCUGAUGAAAUGCUGGAAGGGGAGGGUAACCUUGCGAUGGAAUGGCAUCCCAUCCAUCCAGGGGGGAGUAGUAAUACUCGUAGUCGCUUCAUGCUAAGAAAACUGGGACAAACACCGGCUGGAUGGGCCGAUAGGCUUGAGUACAGACUUAACCUAUUUUUACCUCGUGUUUGAGCCACAAAUUUCACUUCGCCCAAAAUUACUUGCUGGGUUCUGGGGUACACCCCUCCUUUAAAGCAGACAUCUUUUAUAAUCCCUGUACAUUUUACAGUGUCGAAAGUACAGCUCUUAGACUCAUCACUGGAUUGGGAAGCUCUGAAGUACAGCCACAACUGUCGCGUUUCAACCCUGAGCCUAAACAGGUAAAAUGCAAUCGCAGUUUAUAUGUAUAGUGCUGGAAUGAGAUGAUGAAGCUACAUGUACAUAAAACUUUUCAAUUAAAUCCAACCUGUAUACUUGAAGUCAAAUCUCCUUUCUGUUUUCUCUUCUUGUAGUGCCUGGUCUAAUUCAACUUGGUAGCGAAUUUUUAACAUACACUCAAAAGUUGAAUGAAAUCAUCUUUCUGGGUAAUAAGCGAACACGUUGUGCAUGUGAUGUCUAUUUAUCCAGCGCCAGCCAAUGCCAGAUAAAUUUGGAAAAGGGCUCCUGAACAAUAACCGCUGAUAGACACACUUGACUACAUCCCUGGUCCUGGUCAUGCGCAAACUAGGGCCUUAGGCCCGCCGGAAAAAAUAGAAAGAGCAAUAACUCUAGCGUUUCAAAAAACGUUGUUUCCAAAAUGAUUUUUGUCCAUACUACUAUUUUUGGCAACAUUUUCAAUGCAAUAUGACACGAUGCCUUUAAUCAUUCAGUAUUUUUCUCUCCUAGCUGUUGUCGGGUGAAUCCGAGGAACUAAACAGGGCUCUUGUACUUACCAUAGCACGUGCCAUGCAUAUUACUUGUAAGUAGUUGUAUUGUCAGUAGUAAUUUAGUUCACAGCUUUCCUUUAUUCUGCUGCUGUGUAGUGAUUUAGUCGUUGGCCGUAACCUCUUUAGUCUUUUAAAUUGAAAACUCAAAAAAGACUCAAACCCUUGUUGUUUGGUGUCAAGUGCCCUCUAUGUGUUGGGCGGGGAUUGGUGACAGGUUCUCUGUUUCACUCGAGCUUGCUGCUAGCCUCUUUAAGUAUGAUUGACACACACAACUUACAUACACUCGGUUUGUAAUUUUUUUCCUUUGUUUGUUUGCGUGCUGAUGAAUGAUUACCUCUGUCAUUAAAAGUUCCGUUCUGUUCUCCACUUUUCUACAAUACCUUAAACACAAUAUAAUCUUUCUUUGAAGCUGCUGAAUCAUCUUCUAACUGGUACGAAGGAAUCCUUAGAUCGCUGAUUGCGAAUACUCCACAUAGGUAAGUGUAUAAAACUAAAACCAAAGUUAUCAUCGCAAGCCUGAGAGCCAAUCAGAACAAAGGAAAAUACCUUUAAGAGCCAACAAGAACUCAAGGUUAAUCAACUGACCAAACUGCUUAAAGCACGGGAAAACGCGCGCGACCAACUAGUGGUUGGUCUUUGUUUUCCAUCUUGGUCGAGAGAGUGGCGCGAAUUUUCUGAACCAAUCACAGAGCGAAGUAAAGCGAAACCAUAGCAAUGCCGGAUUACUUUCGACACUCUAUUGGAAAUUACUAUGUUUUGACGUCGUUAGUUAACCUAAAAGCUUUGGGUUGGAUUGUUUUUAAUUUUUUUACAUUUUUCACUCUGACUAGCUGGGCCAGUCACACUCUGGCGUGCUUUCCUCAGCCUCUUCAACAAUUCUACGCACAAAACCCUUGCCCUCAUGAAACCAAACAAGAGCUUAGACAAAGAGUCGAAGACGAGUAUAGAAGAUGGAAGAGUAAGUUCUAAGUCUAAAUAAUUCUUUCCUACAUGACAUAGUCAGGGUCUCAAUAACUAUUUCCAUAAGCAGCUGCUGUUGGUGAAGAAGGCGGCUGUGCCAUGAGACAAAACCUCACGAGAGCCUACUCGCAAGCUAAACAGACGGCGGUAAGAGGUGUUACCUGCGUUACCUGUGGACCGACAGUAACCGGCUUUUAACGAAAUCCCGGCAUAGUUAUGCACAAUGCAAGGAGCCAAUUUCAUUUGUAUUACCACAAUUUUAGUGGGGGUCAGGAAAUGACAAUAAACCUAUUCAAAUAUUGUGGCCAAAGCCUAAAUUUGAAUUUUAUAUUCUUCUUUCAGCAAAGUCUUCAGAAAAUGAAAUCUUGAAUCAUUUUGCGGAUCCAUCUUCAACGAAUGUUUUCAUUUGGUAAGCAUCACCAUGACCGAGCUCUAAGAAAUUUUAAAUGAUAAGCUGAAUAAUACCAAAUGUUUGGUUUUUACCUGUGAUCUAUUGGAGGACAGACGCCUAGAUGACGUCAACAUUGACAGCAUUUUUCUUUUGUAUCAUAUAAAACAAAUGGAAUCCAUGUCUCUGUGAGACUGUUCAGAAACAGAUCACAGAUGAUAUCAAAAUGUGAUAAGGACACCAUUCAGUGACACACUCGGCUGCACCUAGUGUGCUUUUUUUUUGUUCUUACCACAUUUUGACAUUAUCUGUGAUCUGUUUCUGAACAGACUCACGGCAACAUGGAAUCUUUUGUUAAGUUUGAAUUUUUAAAGAUAUAUUCAGCACAGGAGCUGCUGUAAAUUGUUCAGCUUAGAGCAAUGUUUAGCUUUGCUAAUAAAAAAGAAUUUCCGAUUUUCGUAUUCAGCUCUGCUGACAGCUCAUGCUCCACAAAACAAGGCAAUGAGUCCAAAAUUUUUAGGCCUUCCAACAAAGUUGAUGUGUUCUUUAUGAUUACUCAAGACUUUGGCAAAUUUAUGUAUUGUACAUGAACUAUAAGCCUAGUAAACCUUGAUGAUAGGUUUUCCUACUUUGCAGCAUUUUGUGGAAGAUGUUAUUAGAUUCAAACCGCCUAAGCCCAGUUUGUCACAAGUAAGUUUACUGUUCUGUAUCAGGGCAGUAAUUCAACGCAGGGAUCAAAACCAUGUUUUUGUGUUUGUAAACUUGGAUUGCUCAUCAGUUCAUGAUUCUUUUUAUAAUUACUGUAAAAAUUGAAUGGUCUUCUCUUAUUUCUGUGCAUUUGUUUAAGUGAUUGCAUCACAGUCCUGAGUGCCUACUCUAGCAUUCAAUAACUUUAUCAUCUCAUUCAUACAGAGUGUUGGAGCGCCUGGGAGCACGAGCUCUUUCCGCGCAUGUGCGUGUAUUUGCCGAUUAUUUGGUGUACGAGUUUUCGACAUCCGCGGCAGGAAAACAUAUUAACAAGGUCAGAGAAGGCGCUUUAUGUCUGAUGGCUGUUUUACGCCAUAAGAGAUAUAAUUGUUAGUAAGUUGGUUUUUUUUUUAAUGUUGAUAUAAAUGAGGAUGGUAAAUUUGAGUGUGGUGAUUUUAAAUGAAAGAUGUUGUUAGUCAGUGAAUGGUUCAGGCAUACUCGGAAAAAAGAACUUCGAGUGCUCCCAAUGGUAGUUAAAUCUACGCCCUUGCGAUUAGUACUUCGAACUCUCUGCCACUGAGCUCUAUGACACUCUUGGUAGGCUUGGCCGUUUAAGUUCAUGGUGACAUGGUUUGGUGUUCUUCACGGUUGAUUCAUAGGUACUGAUAUUUCGUGAUACUUGCUGAGAUUUUCAAUAUCUAUCUAGGUUUGGUUAAACUAAGAUGGUACAUUUCUGCACAGCCUUUUGUUUGUGUGUGUGUAUUUCUUUUUUCAUAAAUGGAAACCCAUUUUCAGGAUAAUUUAACGCUAAUUUGUGAAAAUUGACUUGUUUCUCAUCUUCAGUGCAUUGUACACCUGAAUGACCUAAUAUGGAAGUACAACGUCGUUACUUUGGACAGGCUGGUCCUCUGUCUGGUUGGUUUAGUCUCUAGUGCUUAGUCAUUUGAGGUUUUUGUUUUUUUUCGUUUUGAAGCAAAUAUUUUCAGAAUUGUUUCGAGUUGUGGUAGAAUUCAAAAGAAACGAAUGGCCAUCUAAAUCUCAGGGCCAAUGAGGAACCGAAAUGUAAAUUGUAUUUUAUAAUACGCAUAUUUGAUGCAUAGCUUUCAAAGAUACGUGCUGAGAAAAUCGGUCCGGUUUCGAAACGUUUCAAGUUAGAGGGAGAUACAAGGUAACACAGAGGUCCCUGAAAGGUCGGGCAUGCUCAAGGGGAUUCACUUCCCGCGCGCCGAUUUCCUCGCAAAAUUUCAAAGGAAAACAUAGGAAAAAACCACUGUCUUGCAAAAUAAGCCAAAGAAAACUGAGGAUAGAAAUCCGUGAAAAGGAAACAAUAGAAGGGGAAAGGAAAACUCAAGACUUUUCGAAGCUUUUCCAGUUACGGGUAUGUUGGUGAUUUACCAUUCUGUUUUGAGUUUUACCGAAAAAGUUGUACGCUUCUAAAACACCAUGACAUGUGGUUGUUUGGAACUCGUGUGAGAAAACUUUGUCAUGGGAGCGCGCCACCUGGUCAUGACAACGUUAGCACAUGCGCAGACUUUUGACCGCUGUGUUUAACGGGGUAGAUCUGCCUUCGUAAAUCCUUUUUAUUUCUACUUUCAUGAAAAGUAACUCUCGAUUAUUUUCUUAUUAGGCUUUGCGAAGUCAUGAAGGAAACGAAGCCCAAGUCUGCUUCUUUAUCAUUCAGUUGUUAUUGUUGAAGCCUCAAGACUUUAGAAAUCGUGUGAAUUCGUUCAUACGAGAUGUAAGUUUGUAGUUGGCUGGCGAAUGAAAGAGAGGGAAUGGGAAUAUUAAUAAUAAUGAGAAUUUAGCAGUGGAUAUUCCACAAGAUAGUUUUUUCUUGUCCACCGUUUCCAGGUUUGGAAUUUGAAUUUGGAAUGUGGGUUUUUGCAGAGGGUGGAAAACUGGAGAACCCGGAGAAAAACCCUCGGAGCAAGGACGAGAACCAACAACAAACUAAACCCACAUGUCACUCCGGGUCCGGGAAUCAAACCCAGGCCCCUACUAGUGCGCAUCCCCACUCCCCGCUAGUUCUUUAAGUAUUUUAGGCGACCUUUCUUUCUGGAAGGCUACGAAGAAGACCGUGAAUUUCAACGCCAUAUUUAUAAAAGGUCCUAAGACUGGUAAUAGCUAAAUUAUUUAUUUAUUGUAUUUCUGUUUGCCUUUUGUUUUUGUUCUUCCGAAGCUCAUAAUAAUUGUGAAAUUCCUUUCUUCAUUUAGAACUCUCCUCACCACUGGCAACAAAAUGAAUGGCAUCAGAAACACAUGAACUAUCACACGGCAAGUUGUCAACUAGUUGGCCGCAUGUAAUCUAUUACAAGGCGGUCUCAAUGGGGUGAUGGCUUUUACGGCUAACAUUUAAUUUUUGGCCAUUUUUAACGAUUACCUUCCUUCCUUCCUUUAUGAUCAAAAAAAGAUAGUUUACUGAUAACUUUUUUAACGACUAACAGUUAAAAUUUGUCAAUUUUAACGCCAAUCAACCAAAUUUUUUGGCCGUAUUACGGCUAACAGAGAACACCAUUGAAAUCCUCUUACAAUGCCAGCAGAAGUUCGUUUUAUUUUAUCUCUCAGUCAGUUCGUGUGCCAUUAUGGGUCAAUUUUCACUGUACGGCCCUGUAAAUUCAAAAGUUUGUUUAAAUUGAAAUAUUCCACAUCCAUUUAAACCACAGAUAUACAAAACAUAUAACUAACCUCGUUUUCGCGGUAGAUACGAGAUAUUUAAUCUGAAAAAUAACAAAGCUAUUUUCCUAACAAAGUCUUGUAUUUCUGAAUUUGCCUAUUUGUGACUUAUCGGGAUAGAAAAACAUUUAAAGGGGGUAAGUUUCCUAACAAAUAGUGGUGCUGCGUCGGUGGGAGAGUAUAACAAGGUAAUUAAGUAUUAUCAACUGAGUUGAUAACGUAAAUUGGCCACCAUAAAGAGUUUUAAAGCUGGCGUUUCGAGUGUUUGCUCUUUAUCAGAGCAAAUGAUAAAGGGCUAACGCUUGAAAUGUCAGCUUUGAAACUCUUUCCGGUGGCCAAUUUACGUUCUCGACUUAGUUGAUAAUACUAAAUUACCAAGGAAAAAAUAUCUUUACUUGACGUAUUAAUUUUCCUUGUAUAGAACUGUCGUGAAGGUUAUUGACGAAAUAAGUUUGCUGAUGAGAUGUUAAAUUAACUCCUUAACUCCUUAAUUCCCGAGAUCCGAUUGUUACUUCUCCCGUUCACCUGCCACACAUUUCCUUGUAAAUGAGUUACCAGAAUUUGGUGUUUAAUCAAGAUAACAACUUCUACCUGAUAAGUUUGAGUAUUCUCAAUAGCUGCUUGCUGGGUAAUGUAUCGAUAUUACAGGGACAAGAUACAUGUUUAUCACUCCUGGCAGUUAAAGGGGUUAUGUUAAGCGCUCAUAAAUCAUGUGGUACAGCUUCGUGUUAAAGAAAACAUUCAAACCAGAAAAAAAAUGCAAACAAACCGUCAGAUUUAGAAUUAACACCCGUCUAAUGAGUUUAUUGUCCACGCUAAUUAUGUGGAGGAUGUGUGUUUUCCCCUUUUUAAUUCUUCUCAUCUCGUCUAACUUUUACAUCACAGACCUACCCUGAGAGGUUCUAUUUCGAAGGUUUGUUGGAAUCCGCAGGGACCUCAGUACCAACAGUGCAAUAUUUGCCUAUCUACUUUGGUAAUGUGUGUCUUAGGUUUUUGCCGGUAAGUUUUGAGUCAUCAUUAGGUUGAUAACUAAAUUUGAGGCCUAAUAUAUUGUCAUAUUGGUGUAGAAAAGCGGUUGGCGUAUCUUGAAAGAUGUAGCCAAAGAUUUCGACCUUUUUUAAGUGCAAUAUGUCCAUCCUUUGUUUAUUUUGUUCUCCCCAUUGUGGAAGGUGUACCAAACAAAUAUUUCUUGGUUUCCCUCAACUCAGAGAUAUCGUGACUAAAUAGGCCCUUGCUUUGGCAUAUUACACCAGAGUUACCAAACGUGUUUUGUUAAUUGUUUUUAUCGAUCCAAUUUUUUCGACCAUAAAACUCACCUUUCGACAAGUGGGCGACAUACUAACCCAACAGUCAAGAGACAGAGAAGACUACAACAGCGCGAGUCAUUAACCUAAAAGUAAAGGCUUAAUCACAAACGUUUCUCUCAUAAUCAAAUGACAGUGAAAACUACAAGUGCGUCAGAUACUGAUGUAACAAUCAAAUGACUGAAAACUACAAGUACGGGUGAAACUCACGUAACAAUCAAAUGACAGAGCAAACUACAAAUGCGUGACAUACUGACGUAACAAUCAAAUGACGGUGAAAACUACAAACAAUCAACAAAACUAACAGUCAAAUGGCAGUGAAAACUACAAGUGCGUGAGAUACUAACGUAACAAUCAAAUGACAGUGAAAACUACAAGUGCGUGAGAUACUAACGUAACAAUCAAAUGACAGAGAAAACUACAAGUGCGUUAGAUACUAACGUAACAAUCAAAUGACAGUGAAAACUACAAGUGCGUUAGAUACUAACGUAACAAUCAAAUGACAGAGAAAACUACAAGUGCGUUAGAUACUAACGUAACAAUCAAAUGACAGAGAAAACUACAAGUGCGUUAGAUACUAACGUAACAAUCAAAUGACAGAGAAAACUACAAGUGCGUGAGAUACUAACGUAAUAAUCAAAUGACAGUGAAAACUACAAGUGCGUGAGAUACUAACGUAAUAAUCAAAUGACAGUGAAAACUACAAGUGCGUUAGAUACUAACGUAAUAAUCAAAUGACAGAGAAAACUACAAGAUACUAACGUAACAAUCAAAUGACAGAAAACUACAAGUGAAAAACUACAAAUGACGUUAAAACUACAUACUAACGUAACAAUCAAAUGACAGAGAAAACUACAAACAAUGCGUUAGAUACUACUAAAUGACAGUAAAACAAUCAAUAUGACAGUGAAAACUACAAAUCAAAAUGUGCGUUAGAUACUAACGUAACAAUCAAAUGACAGUGAAAACUACAAGUGCGUUAGAUACUAACGUAAUAAUCAAAUGACAGAGAAAAGUACAAGUGCGUUAGAUACUAACGUAACAAUCAAAUGACAGAGAAAACUACAAGUGCGUUAGAUACUAACGUAAUAAUCAAAUGACAGAGAAAAGUACAAGUGCGUUAGAUACUAACGUAACAAUCAAAUGACAGUGAAAACUACAAGUGCGUUAGAUACUAACGUAACAAUCAAAUGACAGAGAAAACCACAAGUGCGUGAGAUACUAACGUAACAAUCAAAUGACAUUGAAAACUACAAGUGCGUUAGAUACUAACGUAACAAUCAAAUGACAGAAAAAACUACAAGUGCGUGAGAUACUAACAUAACAAUCAAAUGACAGUGAAACCUUCGAGUGCGCAAGAUAUUAAAGAAUAAAAAUUACAGAGAAAUUUUCGAGUGCGCGAGAUAUUUCCGAAACAAUCAAAUGACAGAGAAACCCUCGAAUGCGCAUCAAACGACAGAGAAACCUUCGAGUGCGCGAGGUAUUAAAAAAAAAAUUAAAUGACAGAGAAAUUUUCGAGUGCGCGAGACAUUUACGAAACAAUCAAAUGACAGAGAAACCUUCGAGUGCGCGAGAUAUUAACGAAACAAUAAAACGACAGAGAAAAUUAAAGAUGCUUGAGGUACUAACGAAACAAUCAAAUGACGUUUAACUGUUACGUUAGUGUUUCGCGCACUUGUAGAUUUGUUUAUUAUUUCAACUGCCUUCUGGUUUUUAGGUUUUUGACAUUGUUAUUCAACGUUUUCUGGAACUUGCGCCAGUACACAAGUCAUUGGAAAGUCUUCUCGAUCACCUAGGCUGCCUUUACAAAUUCCAUGGUUUGUUGAAGUAACUUUUUGUUUAUUAGCUCAUAACGGAAAAUUAAUUUUCUUUCUAAUUGAACAGCAAGUCGCCGUCGACACAUGCCGAUAAAUUCGGUCAAAAAGAACAAAGAGAGUAAAGUUGGUAUCUUAGGUCGUAUUUGGUCGGGAUCAGCCCCUUAAACUGGUUUACGUUAACGCGGUUGAAGUAUCUCAUCAGUGCACCUGAACAACCGUUUGCGGCUGAAACUCGGCAACUUAAGAAAAUCAAAAUAAUCAGGAAGCCUAAUUUAGCCUCGCUUCCCGUCGUUUUCUUUUUUUUUUACUGUGAGUUAUUUCUUGUCCCUUACGAAAUUUUUCUUGUUCUGAUUAAUCAUUUAAUUAAAAUUGUUUUGGUUUUAUAACACCCAGUCGAAAUACGCCCUUUAUUGAACAAUAUCACCAGACAAGUUCGUCUAUAGCAAAAUUGAAAUGUACUUUACAAAGCUGAAAGUUUUUACUUGUUUUAGUUUUUAACUGUCUUCUCCUCUAUGAAAUACUUAACUGGUUUAUCUGGGCUCGUAAACAAGGUUGUUGUGGCCAAGAAACUAGUGUACAUUUACAGUUGAGUGUAGUUACUCAGUGAGUUAUUAAUUUUCUUCAUUUGGGUUGAUUAUCGUGAAAAGUUUUGUAGUUGAUGGUUUGCUCUAAGUAAUCAAAAACAGUGAGUAGUAGAGUCGGACCCAUGAAGGGAAAGCAAAAGAGAUUGAAGUCGAAAGAGUCUGGAAUGUUAAGGGUAAAAAUAGAAGGUGAUUGACCCUCAGAGAAGUAGAAAUCUACCUAAGUUUGCGGGAGAUUUAAGUCGUUGGGAAUCAAGAUUUAAACAGUUGGUUGAACCCUCAAUAUUUUUUUUCUUUUCUUUUUUCAACAGAUCGCCCUGUGACCUACCUGUACAACACACUACACUAUUACGAGCACUGCCUUCGAGACAAAGCGUCUUUGAAGAAGAAGCUUGUCGGGGCGAUUACUAGUGAGUUAUCUCUUUGUCUACUCGUUUAGGUUAUAGCCUCUGUAGCUAACACCCUGAGGAUGAAGGUAAGGUCAAGUUAAGUCUCUGUAGGCCCUCAGAAUGAUGUGCAGUCUGGCUGGUGAAAAGAGGGCGCUUUGCAAAUCACGGACACGGAAUUGCUUUGUUUUGCUCCACUAACUUUGUAACUGGCCCAGGAAUAUGUGGCACCUUCUCAACCAAUUACAUCAGUGUAAAACCAAUGUAAUCAUAACUUGGUCACACGCGUUUUCCUGCACUUUUUAUAUCGCUGAUGGCGGGAGGAAGAGAGAUCCUGAACGAGGUUGUGAUCUGAGAAGAGCGCGUCUAUGUACCAUUCAUACAUUUAUUUGAGUGCGAGAAAUAUUCCAACCCAAACCCCCCUCGCUUUUUGACUCCUCCGCUGCUUUCGGUCAUUCACCAUUUCGCUCUGUUUCAUUAACUGAACGCCUGGAACGGGCUGAAAAUGAAUAUCCAACAUCGAUAUUGAUUUGAUUUGAAGACACGCUCAAGUUGUGGGAGAAAUACGGUAGGAAAUAUGUCGGACAUUGUCGAAGAAGAACAGGAAAGAGGGAAAGUUAAUUUCGAUCCGUCAGUCGAUCGAAAAAGGAUAUGGUACCUAGCAACCUUUACCUGUGGCUCUCUCUACGACAUGGCUGUCCGUGACGGUAAAAUUAUAGAAAUAUUAAAAUUUGUUUCCAUUCAUAUUUGACAGGUGCUCAAAAAGACGUCCAUCCGGAAGGCUGGUGAGUAUUGCGCCGUUGUCUGUAACUUUUUGCCAACACACUUAGCCGCAGAGUAGUAAUAAUCUGAAGUGGUUUGACAUUUUGAUGAGUACAAGAGCCAGCCCCCCGGCGAAACGCAUAAAGAAAUGACUGAAAUAAACUCCCGCUAUUACGGGCUCUCGCCAUUACGGAAAUACGGAAUCCGGACUCACAUAAUACAAAGCGACAUCACGAUAAAGGAAAAUAGAGAAACCAUUGUUCAAUUAGGUGCGAACAUGAAAAUUUCCUUCCGGAUCUUUUUCUGGUUCGUGGGGCCACGUAAGAAACUUUGCGUAAUUGCAUAUUAUUUCAUAUGUUUAGAGAUUGUGUCGAUAUAAAUCAAACGACGAGAGAAGGAAAAAUUUAUGAAAGGAGAUAAUUGCUUAGGGUUAGGGUUAGGUUGGCAAAGAAGUAAACAGUGUUGUGUAUCAUCAGGUGUCUGUCUAGAGGUUAUUUGGAGUUCCUGUCUAAACCUGCCGGCCAAGACUCCUGGACCCCAGAUCUCGCCUACUAUUGUUCUUUGAUUGGCAGACUUGUGGAUAGUAUCCUUUUUGUUCAGAAAUAACUGGCCUUUUGACUUCAUUUCAAAUGGCCUUUUCGUUAAAUAAAAGGUGAGACUACAACAUUGCGACCUCCACUCGUGGCUCUUCCUACGUAAUUAUUACCGGGCUAACCCACGAAAUGUCAGCUUCAUAAACUCUCUGGCCAAUUUUCAAUGUCCCUUCAGUUGACAAACUAAGUAAAGGUGAGACUUGUACCAGACAUUAUUUAUCUCUAUACCCAGUAAGUUACUUUAAAACAGACGAUAUUGAACUUAACAACUGGAAAGCCAUUGCUGGUAAAACCCCACCGCCAUUUCCAGCUUGUGAUUGGCGUUUCAACGAAUUUCCCAAUCCUGUUGCGCAUGCACUUCACGUAACUUGGGUGGAACUGAUGGCGUUACCUGUUAAGGGACCGGAAGUUGGUGAAGCGUUGUUUGACGUCAUCUUUAAAGGAAGCUAUGUGACACACGAUAGUGACAUUCGAGCAAAUAUUAUGGAGUGGAUCAAUGCUGUCGGAUUAGUUUUGUCCGCACUUCCGGUACGUUGAGAAUGUUACUUCCUCUUAGAAGUUAUGGCGGGGUGUGUUGCGUUUUCGGGUAGGACACUUUAUUUACGCAAAACUGCUAACAACUCAGGGGUUUAAAUAGGUGCCGGGAAACUUUCGGGGAAAAUUGAUGAAUUGCGCAGGAAAGAGGUACCUGCGAUAGAGUAGCGUUUCCUUCCGGUCACGUAGUUGUGGCAGUACUCCUGGCCACCUGAUUGUAGCGUCAACUAAUGAUACAGAUCCAAUAGUUGUUUCUCUCUUGCACUUCGUUGCAUCUACAGUUGAAGGUUCGAAAAGGCUUUAUUUUUAUCAAUAUUUUACUAAGGAAUACGAACGGUGCUUCGAUUUAUCUCGUCUAACUCGACCUACAAACUGUUAAUCUAAUAAGACUAUCGCUUUGGACUACCUUCCGUUAUCUUUGUUUAUAUCUCUCAUGUAAUCAUCAGGAACCUUACUGGAGUGUGGUGUAUGAUAAAAUCUGUAUGGCUCUCAGAAGAGAGCUCUCUGCCAAGGAAGUAUCGACAACUCCUAUCGUUCUCGAGGACCGUGGGAGAGCCGCCCCAUUCCCCUACUCAUUCUUAGAGUUCUCUACCAAUGUCGCCAUGCAUUCAGAGACCGCCGCUGACUAUGUCUUGGCAGUCGCGCAUGCGGUUUGGCACCAUACAAGUAUCGGUCAACUGAGCCAGCUUCCACAGUACGUACAGCUGAAUUGUUUGCGCCCAAAUGUAUUACAUUUUUGGUCACUGUGAAACUUUCACCGCGUAGUGUACUUGUAUUUCGACUUACUUCUAUGAUUAUAAUAAGGUAUUGUUCAACAGGAAUGCUUUUCUGAGUUACAAAGCAUUACCCAAGUCAUUUUGACCAAAGCUUUGAAGACAGUUACUUAUAUGUAACACAAAACACACUUCAGUUAAGUGUCGUAGAACCCGAAACAAACUAUGCACUAAAACAGGGGUUUCAAUAACUUUUUGCGUAAGCGGCUACCAAUAGUGUAAGCGGCAAUCCCCGGAAAUGGGCUGUAAGACGAAACCCAAACACGAGUGCUGCUCGCAGGCUGAACAGAUGGCGGUAAGAGUUCGUUUAGAUGACAGUGGACCGCCGAUAACUGGCUUUAAUGAAACCCCUGACUAAGAGUAAACAAAGUUUUAAAAAAAUACCAAACUAACCGAUGCGAAAUAAAAAUGCAUGCGUGUACCUUGUCUCAAGCCUUGGAAAACGGAACUGAACCUUGUGCAUUACGAAUGUCUUCAGACACUUAAUUAUAUCACAAUUCAAUGUGAUGUUAAAAUUUGGCACUUCUUUUUUGUUUGCCUUUGUUUUAUCUCUCUCUUUCUUUUUCAAUCGUAGUUUUGAUUGGCCUCCUGACGAACGGUUUGUUUAAAAUCUCAAUCUUACCGGCCAUGUACAAAGUGUGGUUUUAAAUGUUGAAGGACCCCUAAGCGUAGGUGCACCGUGUUACCUUCAUAGACCUUAGUUUCAACUAUUCAGCCUUCCUUUUUUUUCUAACUCGUGCCUUUUGUUCUUCAUAGGUUUCUUCGUGACCGCGUAUCUCCGCUGGUCACAAAUGAGGCUCAGUUUCUUUACGUGUGUCAUCUGGUUGGACCAUUCCUUCAACGGUUUUCCCAAGAAAGACUCAGAUGUCUACAAGAGGUAUCAAGGGCGGAACACUCAGAGCGACGAGUCACUGCGUUCGCCUCGUUUGACAUUAAGAAUUUAGUGAAAAUCUUUGUCUCUGCAGCAGAAUUAAGUCGCUUCGACUUCGAUCCGUAGCAUGAAUGUAAACUUGUUUUGGAAGCAGAUCACGCCAAGUAGCUUUCCGCAGUGACCAGUCGCUGCGAUAUUUGCUGAGCGGGUCCCAGUCUCCCAUGUGUCGUUUGUGUUUUCUCGUCAUCUACCAUUUCCUUUUAACAGCUUUUGUAAAGUCAGCUUCAAAACAGCUGAUUUUGUCCCAAAAAAACUGAAAAAAUACUUUCGGUGACCCGAUAUUUUGGCGUCCAUGUUAAGACAAAUCUCGACUAACGAUUUUAGCGAAGACAAAUAGAACUUAUCAGAACCCUCUGUCAUGAAAAAAGAGGCAAAAUAAUUACAAGGGCUGAUGGGAACGAAGGAAACCAUCACAAGCCAAUCAGAGCUCGAAGUUAAAACACGUGACCAACUUUGAAGGGCAAGAAAAUGCGAGAUUCCAAGUAGCCUGCGAGCAGGCGCUGCAGGACGCACGUUUUUCCGCCCGCAGAUUUGACCCAAGUCGAGAAGAGGUUUGCCAGAGGUCUGGUACUCAUUAUCAGUGCUAGACCUGAUUCCAGACCUCUUUCCAGGUACUUGCCAAGGUUUUCGUGGCCAAUGAAACGCUCUUGCCGAAGGGCUAAUAACAACGGUCUGCUCGCGGGCUAGAUGCCAAGCGGUGAUUGGAUGAGAAGGUGGCAUGGAAAGUGAACUUUGUGCGGUUUUGUACAGUUGAUAGUUGCUCCAACCGUGUACGUGAGCAAUAGCUCAGCUAUUGAAACUGGUGCAUUUUGACUGUCUUUAUUUUCAUUUUAAUUUGACAGGUUGUUGUGGAGCUGUAUCAUCUGCUGGAAAAAAUUAACAGAGAAGUUCAGCAUAUUCACCACGUUGACACAAUUUGUGACUUCUUGUAUCCUGUUGUAAAGGAAUAUUAUGGAUGAAUCUGUCGUAAAAUGCUCUCAUCUUGAUUAAGAAUUACUGUCAAAUAAAUUCGUAAAACAUCUUUUUCAAAUGAAUUGAGGCGGUAAGUUUCUAAAGAAAAUGUGGUGCUUUGUCGGUGGGGGAGUGUAACAAGGUCAUUGUGUUUUCGUCAGAGUGAACAAUUCGCUGUGAUGAAGGGCUAACGCUCGAAACGUCAGCUUAAGAAACUCUUUAUUGUGGCCAAUUUAUAUUAUCAACGCAUUUGAUAAAACCAAAUUGCCUUUUUUUUUUCAAAUGUUUUACAUGUGUUAAUAGAAGAAAAGGCUUAUCUGUAACGGAAGUUACAGAUAGAUACAGCAAUUCGCUGUAAAUAUCAAGUAAUUUAGUGUUAAAAACUGAGUUGAAAACGUAAAUUGGCCACCGUAAAGGAUAAAAAAGCUUACGUUUCGAGCGUUAGGGCUAAAGUUCGAAACGUCAGCUUUUUUAUUCUUUACUGUGGCCAAUUCACGUUUUCAACUCAGUUGUUAACACUAAAUUACCUACUAAACUCUCCCACCGACGCAGUACCACAGUUUCUUUAGAAACUUACCCCCUUUAUUCGCUAUAAAUAUCAGGUGAUUUUAGGUAAAACUGUCGUCCCUUUCGUUAAGAUCGCUCUGAUACUCUGACUUAAAAGUGUUACAAUUUCUUCAAAAAUUACUUGAAAAUCCCGUCAGAUCUCCAAAAUGUAGAGAACAUUUAUUAGUUUAAGUUCUUUAACUAUAUAUCUAAGAUACCACAUAAAGUACAUGUUUAUAGGAGAUAUUAUCAAAGAUGAAGUACUCAAGAUCAUUCCUCAGCUUCGCCAGUCCUUGCAGAUUCGUUUGAGAUUCAUGACUCAGAAUGUAAAAAGAGAUGAUACUUCAACAUUGGCUUAAACGUCACUGACCAACUCAACUCACGGACAGACAUGCAUUGAAUAACUGCUCCAAACGAGAGCGCAUUUGGGGACAAAUUUGCUGUAAGGCCGGAAACGUGUGAAAUAAGGAAUGGAUAGAAAAUAACUCACUGACUCAAUAUUAGAUGUAGUUGUUGCUUGUUGUAUCGUAAAUCAACGUGACUUCUGUGUUAGUCAAGAUUAGGAUGGAUGAGGGAAGAUAAAUGUUGGAAGAUACAUUUGAAGGACCCACCCAGCGCCAUCAGCUUAUGGCCAUGUUGUGAAUAAAAUGUAACCCUGUAACUUCGACGAAAUCAAACUCGCCAACACAACGAGCCAACUCGCCCACAUAUCGGUUUUUUUGCCAACAUUCUCUGUCAAAUCCUUAAGUUUAUGCCUAACUCGUUGACUCGAGACCUGUCAUGAUUUUAAGAAGAUGAGAUCAUUAUCAAGUGGUUAUGAAGGAUGUUAUGGGCAAGUUAGUUGUCAGACAGUUUGCGUGUUGGAAAAGUGACCGGUAUCAAAAGGCAAACUCGAGUUGAACUUAAUGUAACUGAUUAAUGUAAUCUUCGUAGGAGAGUUCUUUCAUAUAUGUGGGCUGUAAACUUAGGGACUCCUAACGCUUAAAUUUUUAGACUGUGUUGAAAUAACAGUGUUUAGUCUACAUCAAGGUACAGCCAUAAAAGGCUCAUUAAUUUACAGAUCUUCAUUGUUUGAGUCUUGCUUGUUUAUUCUUGACUUAUGAUUGUGGGUUUCCAAACUCUACGGACAGUUAUGUAAACUGCUUGAAGUGCAAGUGACAAGCGUGGUCAUACUUACAGCACUUUAAUUAGUACUUGUGGCUGGUGAUCUAGCUUUUUGACUUCCGUAGGGGUGAGGAAAUUUUUGAGUUAUUUUUCUUUUUGAUUUCUUGUAAACAACCUGCAGGUUAUCAUGUAUUCCACAAACAGGGGGCAGAGUUC